UCUAGCCAGAAGGGAUGACGACAUUGGAGCCGGCGGAAGAUCCCACUUUCGCAGAAGAAGAUGGCGCCGUUGACCAGGAAGUACAGGGAACAACAGUACUGAAAUUGCACCGUCGACACUGCUUCCCAAUAAUAAUAGAAGCGAAUUUCUGUGUAACACAACACCCCAAAGCAAGAGGGGAAAUCCUGUGACAAGCUGGAGACAAGAUGACUUGUUUAUCGGAACGGUAGCACAGCCCAUCGGGAGACUGGAAAGGGGUCUAGACCAUUUUACUCAAAGAGCAAUUAACGGUUUUUAUUCUCGUCUCCAGCGUUUAGGGAUAGCCUACUAAUCAUGUCAGGCAACAGACAUCUAGUAAACGUUCACGAAGUGAGUUGUUGUAUAAAAUACUUCAUAUUUGGAUUCAACAUAAUAUUUUGGCUCCUUGGAGUGGCCUUCCUUGGCAUAGGGCUCUGGGCCUGGAAUGAGAAGGGUGUGCUGUCCAACAUUUCAUCCAUCACUGACCUGGGAGGUUUUGACCCAGUGUGGCUUUUCCUGGUGGUGGGAGGUGUGAUGUUUAUCCUGGGUUUCGCGGGCUGCAUUGGAGCGCUGCGGGAGAACUCUUUCCUUCUUAAGUUUUUUUCAGUGUUCCUGGGAAUCAUCUUUUUCUUGGAGCUGACUGCCGGGGUGUUGGCGUUCGUCUUUAAAGACUGGAUCAAGGACCAGCUUAAGUUCUUCAUCAACAACAACAUCCGUGCUUACCGGGAUGACAUCGACCUGCAGAACCUCAUUGACUUCACCCAGGAAUAUUGGGAGUGUUGUGGAGCCUAUGGGCCACGGGACUGGGACCUGAAUAUCUAUUUCAACUGUACUGACACCAACCUGAGCCGAGAGAAGUGUGGGGUGCCCUUCUCCUGCUGCACGAAGGACCCUGCGGAGGACGUGAUCAACACUCAGUGUGGCUACGAUAUCCGAGCCAAGCCCGACUUGGAGCAGAGAACGUUCAUCAAUACCAAAGGCUGUGUGCCUCAGUUCGAGAAGUGGCUCCAGGAGAACCUCACAGUGGUGGCGGGAAUAUUCAUAGGCAUCGCCCUACUUCAGAUUUUUGGGAUUUGUUUGGCGCAAAAUCUCCUGAGUGACAUUGAAGCUGUCAGGGAAAGUUGCUUGUUCACCUAACAGAGGUCACAUGGGGCCGGACCCAAGGACGCGCACAUACACACAGAUACACACACACACACACACACACACACACACACACACACACACAAACACACACACGGACACACACAUGGACACAUCAUCCCCUCAUUUUCUAUGGACUGGAACUCACCCACAUGCACACUAGACACUCAGCCAGGAUGAAGCUGAGUUGCAUCAGGAACCUCACCAGGAUACUGCACAUCUGAUACACAUUUCAAGUACAGUAUGCAGCACUUUAUAUCUGAAUCAUAUACUAGAUGGAAGAAAAAAACACACAGAUACUUUGUAAGUUUGUUUGUUCAAGUAAGCACUGAAUGACAUUGCAUAGUAAGUGGAUAACCUAUGUGAUGUUAGGUUGUGGAAAGUAGAGGUGUAUGACAGCUUUCAGACUUACCCUUUCUUACACAGACACAGUCUUUUUCGAUAAGUUAUUUUAUAAACUCUAAAGCCAGGCUCAAACUACACGACUCCCGAUUUUGUGUCCAAUUCUGACGUUGGUUUGCGCCGCACACAUUAAGGAGAAUCGCAGGUGUCAAUCUUAUCCCUGAUCGUAAACACCAGAGACAAUGUCCGACGUUCUAUUUUGGGUCUUACAUAUCAAACAAUGUUUGAUACCUACAAUUUGUGAUCGACGACCCAUUGCGCCUACAAAAUUCUAUCUUAGAACGUUGGUCACGAUGAGGAAAUCUUGCCUGACAAUCGCUUGCGAUGGUCCUGUGGGGUAACGUGCCAAUGGUCGUAAGGGGUUCAGUCGAGAAUAGGGCCGAUAUUCGUAUAGUUUGAGCCUGGCUUAAGGUAGGGUCAGAGACUACAUGGAACUGUGGUCAUUCUAGAAUCAGUUUGGGGUAGUUGGGUGGGUAGGGUUUGCUCAAAUGCACUGCAUGCCUUUCUUUUACAGCUUUGUCAAUUCCAUGGUGGACAAUCCACACACAUACAGAAUACAAAGCUCUUUCUCGUUGGUUUUAAAAUACUAUUUUGUUUUAUUGCACAGUUCUUGACGUUUUCUGUCAGAUGUGAUGUUUUGGGACAUAGCCAGCUGGCUACAUGUAGUGGCUCUUUCGCAGUCAAUAGGCAACUAUUUUAUACUACUCUUUAUACCACUCAUGUUGUUUAAGAUCCUGAAAUUUAAGAAUUAGAAAACUGUUAUUUAUAUCACAAAUUAUUGGUGCUUGUAUUACCAGUAACAGGAUAUCACGUGCAACUGUGUAGAGCAAAGAUUAACUGAAAGGGAUGUUAUACCACUCCCUGAGUAUGUUAAAACAUGAAACAAGUAAAACAAAAAGUAAACUCAGUUGUUUGAAUUUUAGUUGACUAGUUCUAAUUUAACAAAGGAGAGAGAUGGGAGAGCACUGCCUUGGGUCUCAAUCAAAUGUUGUGCAGGUGCUCUUCAAGGGAAAAUGGCAUCAGAGGGUGAAAAAGACCUGCGCGAGUCAAAACGCGUCGGUGCGUGUGGAAAAAAUAAAACUUUGAAUAGCAGUGGUGCCUAGUUCUAAUUUAACUUUGAUUUACUUUUCUGGGACAUCUGGUUGAUAUGUCCCAGAGUGUUUAAUGUAUUCCUAUUCAUCUCCUCUGAACUUGCCUCUGAGUGUCACAUGAUUUUGAACUCGGUAUCUGCAUCUAAACGGUGUAGAUGGUUUGACUGGCAGUAGGAUACAGGGUUUUCAGAACACAACUACACAUCUGGGACAUGGAAACCCAGUGAAGGAUGUCUGAUGCACUGAAAGAGUGUGUGAGACAUUUAUGUCGCUUUUCCACUGACGGUUUUCUGGUAGGCCUACAGCUUGACACAGCGCGACUCGCCCGCCACUUUUUGCAUUACGAUUGCGCUGUGUCGUGCCUAUUUGAAAAGUAAAAAGUGGUGACUUGAGUUGCGCUGUGUCGAGCUGUAGGCCUACCAGAAAAACAGCAGUGGAAAAGCACCCUAAGUGUGACAGUUCUGUCAGUGUGGCUCCUCUUAAGUCUCAGCCAGCAAACAAGUCAAGUAAAGUUGGGAAAGCAAGCAAUCACCACGAAUAGACCACAACUUCCUUGUGCCAUUUUAGCCAUUGACUGGGCAUAGUGAUCUUCCAAAAAUGUAUUACUGUCCCCACCUUGGGCUCUCGAGUUAGUAACAGAAAUAUCCAGCAGAUGAGGGAUAUUUUUGGAAAUCAAUAUGAAGUGUAGCAUCUUAACACCGUAACAAAUAAAGUAGGCAAUACAUAGACCAGCUCUUCAGUCAAUGGACUUUCCAGUUUAAUACUAUGGAGCAGUUUACAGUAAAGCUAAAUAACAGAAUGCACUAAAAGGCCUCUUGUAGAAAGGGUGCACAUUUUCAAACAGCAACAGCUUUGUGGCUGUUGCUCAAAGGCACUGCAUAAACAGUGCUUUAACCAACUGUUAUAAUUUUGUUUGUGUUGAAUAAUACUGGAAAAGUAUGUUUUUUUACAAGUGUUUGCUGUAAUAUGGGUCCAAAAUGUAUAUAGAAAGCAAAGAUCAGCUUUGUGAAAACAAGUUGGUGUCAUAACAUCACAGAAGCAGUUUUUGUCAUGCAGCCACGUGAAGAGUUAACCACAACAUUUUAUUUCAAUCUUCUAAGUGGUUUCAGUGUGUUCACAGACUUGAGCAUAAAUGUCAGUUCCCAGACAGUAUUGCUGAGAUCCAAAAGGAGUACACAGUGUCCCUUGGUCAAUCAGUGUAAGCUUUUGCUCGUUUAUAAACAGUGACUUUAGUUUGCCAGGGUAGAGUCAUCCCCUUUUUGACUGGUGGAUUUGUGGUUGACUGUUUUGUUUUACAUUUGUGUGUGUUUUGUAUUUUGCCGAAUUCUAAGUUAACGUAAUGUGUGGCUUUGUAAGCUUUGUAAAAGAGAAAUGAAUUUAAAGUAAAUAUCUUUUGUUUGGGUUUGUAAAUGUGUUCAUUAAUUUUAUUUAGUGAGCAGAUUUGACAUCACUUGUCUUUUAAAUAAAGUAAUUCAUAAAAAGUUCUGUUGGCGAGUCUGUCUUGCUGGUUCAGUAUUCAAAAGUGAUACCACAACACUGUUUAACAGUGAUCCGUACCAGUCUGCCCUGACCUUGUUUCAC